CUGCUCGUUGCCUGUGAUGUAGUAACUCCCCUCCUUCAACCAAGAUAGUUGUUCGUGAUUUUUCUACCUACUAAUUUUAAGAUGUGGUCCCACCCAAAAAGUAUGUCCAAAGGCGAGGUUAGGAAGAUGGAUUUAUUAGGAGAAAAUGGGAGAAGGGCGAUAAAUUCCUGCGUUAAAGUUUGUAUUUGUCGGAAGAUAGAACCAUGGAAGAGGUAUGACAAGGAUGAAGCCAUGUGUCGAAUUCUGGGCUGCAAUCUCAUUGACGUGGAUCAAUACGUUGACUGGGAUCGAGCAUUGAAGGUAAAGGACUUAGACAUAGGUGAUAUCCGCUACAUAGUUUUGAAUUUGGAAAAUAUGGGCUCGCAAUCGUACGGAAGGAAACGUGACGAAAGCAAGCUAGAAAUGGCAAGGAAUCAGAAAGAAACGAUCGAAGCUGAAUACAUCGAUUCUGCUGAAAAUAUGGAGAUGGUUGAACACGGAACUGGCACAGUCAUCCAGGAGCACUUCGUGGUAACAUGUCGACAUGUGGUGGAAACCGUUCUGUUUGAUAAUAGUAACGAAUACGUUGUCUUUAUUUCUAACGAACAGACGAAGAACAAAUUGUUUUGUAGGGUAAUCUAUGAUGAUGCCGCUAAGGAUCUGGCUCUUCUUCAUUGUCCAAAACUGAAUGCAAGUAAAAUUUGCCCAUUACAACUGUCCUACGAAGUCCAGAAAGUCGGAUUAAAAUUUUUCUGCUAUGGUUAUCCAAGCAGCCAUCAUGGAUCUAAAGCACUAUGUGUUGAUGGUAUGAUCUCUGGCACAAACCAGGAACGUUAUGGACGCCCAGAAUUGAUGGUAUUAUGUAGCUCAGGACUCAAUCAUGGUUUUUCAGGAGGACCUGUACUUCUUAAGUACGAUUGUGAAAUGAUAAUGAUUGGAGUUGUUAAAGAAAAACAGAUUGAACGAAGGUUAGCACGAGAAGAGGAAGAAUUUCUAGGACAAGUUUAUGAAAAAUACGUUCCUAAAAAUGUUGAUGACUUGACUACAGAGAAAAUUCAUGAAAUACUAGAGCAAAUAAACCAGAAAUUGAAUGAAGGAGUAAGAAACUACCCAUCUGGGUUAAGUAAUGCCAUAACAGGAGCUACAAUCAAGGAGUUUUUAAAUGGGGCCAGUGGAACCCAUAAAGGGUGGGAUUGUGAGGAGCUGAAGGAAUUGACUGUAAAUGUGCAAUCUGCAUCAUCCACCACCUGUUCAUGAAUGAAACUCACAAAUGACAAAGUUUUCAUUUACAGUUGAAACUAAAGUUGUUGGAACACAGAGGUUAAUUUAAUUUAAUGCACAUGACAGCUCCUUUGAAAUUACAACUAGAAGUUUCUGACAGUUGUGAUGCAUGAAUUAAACUUCAAGUAAACUGUAUGGUGAGAUAAUCUGCUGUAUAACUAAAUAUUUGGGCAUUGAAACACUUAAUUAUAAGAGGUAAAAAGAUUUCUCGUAAGUCUGAUGAGAUUACCAGUAUUUGGUUGUUUUUAAUUGUAAUUAUCUUUCCAUUUGUUAAGAUACUCAAAAUAUAAUUAACAACUAAUAUUUUCUAUUUUCUCAGAAGUUGCUACAGUGGUUUGUGCAGAGAUUCCAACCCUCCCGAUUUGAUCGGGAGUCUCCCGAUUUGAUGUCUUGCCUCCCGCUCUCCCGAUUUUUACCAAA